ACUUUUCUUUUACUUUUUUAACUUACGCGUUCUUUUUCUUCUUGUGACAGGAGUUUAAGGAAUUCGAACGAAACAACAUGAUGCUGAUACUCAGACCUGAUGCUGCUGGAGUGUUACGAGACAGAGAUGGUCAGGCAUACAACGAGGAUGGUCAGAGAAUUGCUGAACAUGGAUACAUGAUACCAGAAAUCGCACGGGGUGUCGAUCGACACCAGCUGGGUGUCACUCGACACCAUGGGGUAAACAGAGCAGAUGGUCGUCAGAUGACUCUUGGUGACUACAACAGCCCCGGCCUGUUCUAUGAGAAUCGGCGUGCAAUUAGACCCACUGCGUUUGAAAGAAGUGACGAUUUAGGUCUCCAACCUGCAUUCUAUACUCUUGUGAGUCAGCACCCGUUUCACGGUCUUCCACAUGAACAACCAAUGGAUCACAUCGAGAGGUUUGAAGAUUUGGUUUCAAUCAUGAAGGCACAGGUUGUUUCAGAGGACUAUUUACAUCGCAAGCUUUUCUCAUACUCUCUUGCUGGAGAAGCAGCUUCUUGGCUUAAGGAGUUGAUUCCGGGAUCUUUGACAACUUGGCAGGAGACAAAGAUGGCUUUUCUGAACAAUUUCACCAGGAAUUACUGUUCUUAUUCUUACCAAGCCCCAUCUCCACCUACUUUUGUGAGUAAGAUGGAAUUAAUGCCGAAACAGAUUCAGGAAAGUCAGCAAAGAAUCUUAGAGAUAUCCCCUCUUGGAAGGAUUGAGAGUAACCUCACGACUACUUGUCAUGCUGUUUUGAAGAAAAGUGAAGAUGAUGUCGAUCGACACUGGACACGGACUGCACCAUAUGCUCUUGUGUUUCCACCGCCACCUAAGAAGUCAGAGCAAGAGAUUCGGGAACAAUACUACAGGUUGAUGCUGGAUUCGAUUCUAUAUGCUUUACCUUUUGAUGAUUGCUGUAACCUCCAAGAUCCACUUCAAGAGUAUGUCGAGAAGAUGAUUACUAAUGGCAUUAGAGCUGAGGAUGUUAGCUUGCUUACAAAAGACAUCAGUGCUAUCUUGGUGUAUCAGGAUCCAGAGAAGAAGCCGAACAAGAGGCAGUCAAUGGCUAUCUCUGAAUUAGUCAGUGCCAUGAUUCAGUGUAACAUCCUAGAGAAGUUACCUGAUCCAGAAAGCUUUGUGCUAGAUUGCUCCAUAUCCACAGACAUUACUGCUGGCUGAGGUUUCACGUUUCUCUUUGACGGCUUCCCUGAAGAGGGUGACACAUACACCAAUAUAUAUUCACACGUUAC